AUGACCCACUCUCACAACCACAGCCACGACGGCACCAACAAUGGCCACGGCCACUCGCACGAGAUCCUCGAUGGCCCGGGCUCGCCGCUUGGGUCUGGCAAGACAGCGCUGAUGCUCGCCCUCAGUCGGGCCCUGAGAGACGAAUACAACAUUGCAGCUGCCACGGACGACAUCUUUACCAAGUAUGCCAAAACUAGCACGAAGGCCUAG